AUUUAAGCCAUCUCAAGAUUGAACAGUCAUCUACAGACGCUAGUCGGAACUCCGUCGGUAUACAUAUUAUAUUUUUAGAAUAAUAAUAACAAAUAAACUUCAACAUGUCUGACGACGAAGAACAGUAUACUGAAUCCGAGGAGGAAAUUGAAACGCAACCAGAGCCUGAAAAGAGCAAAGAUGGCGAUGGAGAUCCGGAAUUCGUCAAGAGGCAAGAAGCAAAAUCUUCUGCACUCGACGAACAACUCAAAGAGUACAUAUUGGAAUGGCGUAAACAAAGAGGAAAGGAAGAAGAUGACUUAAAAAAAUUGAAAGAAAAACAAGCUAAGCGUAAGGUAAUGCGAGCUGAAGAAGAAAAACGUAUGGCUGAGAGAAAGAAACAAGAAGAAGAGCGCAGACAAAGAGAAGUUGAAGAGAAAAAACAGAGAGACAUCGAGGAAAAACGUAAGCGUUUAGAAGAAGCCGAAAAGAAACGUCAAGCUAUGAUGGCUGCCCUCAAAGAACAAACCAACAAAUCCAAAGGACCCAAUUUCACCAUCAGCAAGAAAGAAGGCUUAAACCUAUCUUCUGCCCAAUUGGAACGUAAUAAGACCAAAGAACAAAUUGAAGAAGAAAAGAAAAUUUCGUUAAGUUUUAGAAUCAAACCUUUGGUCAUUGAAAACCUAUCAGUGCAAAAACUUCAAUUUAAAGCCACUGAACUGUGGGACCAGAUCGUGAAACUGGAAACCGAAAAAUACGAUUUGGAGGAAAGACAAAAAAGACAGGACUACGACUUAAAAGAGUUGAAGGAACGUCAGAAACAACAACUCCGUCACAAAGCCUUGAAGAAGGGACUCGACCCCGAAGCCUUAACAGGCAAAUACCCACCCAAGAUCCAAGUCGCUUCGAAAUACGAGAGGCGAGUAGACACCCGGUCGUAUGACGACAAAAAAAAAUUGUUCGAAGGAGGUCUGGAAGAAAUGUUAGGAGAAAAGAACGAGUUUAAUUGGAAUCGUAGAUAUGAAUUGUUCAUGAAAAGAAGUAGAAGACGACUACCUAAAUGGUUCGGUGAACGUCCAGGUAAAAAGAAGGACGACCCUGAAACUCCUGAAGAAGAGGAACUUAAAAAGAACGAAGAAGACGAAGAAGAACCAUUUGCCCUCGACGAUGAAGCCGAAGAAGAGGCUGAAGAGGAAGAAGAGGAAGAAGAGGAAGAGGAAGAGGAGGAAGAAGAAGAAGAGGAAGAGGAAGAGGAAGAGGAGGAAGAAGAAUAAUAUCGUAUUUUGGAAAUUUUAAAAGACCAAACAACUAUAAACUUUUGAAUGAACAUUAACUUUGCUUCUGCCUCAAUGUAAAAAUAAAACACUUGAUUAAUUAAUGAUGA